GAUAAGAAAAUUGUCAUUGGUGGUUAUGGCUUUUCAUGCUGCCUGGAGCUUGACUGUUCCGGUGUUCCCCGCGCUUUCUCUCAAUGGAUUGCUGAUCAUGUUCAGGUUAAUAGCACAGAUAUAAUUCUUGAUGGGGGGUGUAUUCAUUUGAGUGUUCAGUCUUUCUCUCAAGUCACGGGCCUUGUUAAUGGCGAGUUUCCUGUAAAGGGUCAUUCUGAAGGGGCAAAAGAAGCUUUUGUUAGCUUUCUGGGCUUGUUUGAAUUCCCCACAAUUAAGACACUCGGCGGUUUACUCCUAGAAAAUGUCCUUACUGAUGAGCAGUACUUUGUUUGCUUCAUGGCAGUUUAUUUGGUCUCUUUUUUGUGCCCAAAUUCUAAUACAUAUCCUAGCACAAAAUAUCUGUCUUCACUACUGGUUCCUGCGGAAGUGAGAGAUUACAACUGGGCCCUGUUUGGAUUCAACUGGUACAUCACAAGCGUGAAAAAAUAUUUGAAGGACCAGCCCAAAUUGUUGUCUUCCAAGUCUAAUCUUACGCUCGGUGGAUGCGACUAUUACCCAGCCGUUGUGUACCUAGACUUUGUUGAUUUUGGUGAUCGUAGCCCACAAGGCUGUUUCCCACGAAUUGCAGUGUGGAAAAAUGAUAUGAUAAAGGAGUUCUCCCGCAAUGAUUUGAAACAUGGCCAUGAGUAUGGCCUUUGCAAUCUUACAAGUUUGUCCAACACUUGCUAUGGGAUAUGCAUUAGUGAUGGAGCUUCAACUUCUCGAUCAUCCUCUUUUCCAGAUUCUUUAGAAUCAUCUUUCAAGGAUUGCCUCCCUGGUCAUGUUUUGAAGGAUAUCUGCAAUUUGUAUCAAAUUUUCUGUUGCACUACCGACCAGGUGGUUGCAUCAAGAACUGGCGAUCUUGUAUUAGAUGUUUUGAAAUGUGUCAGAGCUGCAAGUGAUAAUAUGGAUGCCUCUCAAUUUGCCGAUUCCAGCGGCUACCUUUACGCCGAUGCUUGUGAUACCAGGGAUGUAGACAAUGCUUUUCGUCAUACCCCAUUAGUUUCCGAAGGAGGGGUAGGGACUGUUAAUCAUGCUGCUGUUGGGACCGCAAUCCCUUUGAAUUCUGAUAGUACAUUAAAAAUCGACGACCCUAACGCCAUCCCCGACCUCAAUGAUGCUGCAAUGUCUAACUGCCCACAGUCGUUGUCAAUUCUGGUGUCUCUGAAUCUGAUGCGUUAG